AUGUCUCGCACCGAGGAGUCCGAUUCGCAGGCGUCGGUUGCCACGCUAUUUGCGGGGCCGGGCAGCGCCUCAAAUUCUACUUCGUCAGUCAGCGAAAAUGUCGGAUUUCGUUUCGUUCUGGACAGAACAGUUCAAACCCUCUCAAGCAACGGUCUUCCUGACUCUGGAUCGUUUUCCGGCCUCUUGUUCGUUCCCAAUCUUUCACCACAAGAUCCGUGCAACUCGAUCGUUUCCCAAUACGUACCCUCCAACGUGACUCGUCACCAAGACGUGACAGGCUACGGUUACCCGAUUAUUGGUCUCGCUCCGUGGGUGACCCCAGAGUGUACUCAAUCGUUUCUCUCUGCUUCACGUGAAGUCAAAGCAGAGGCACUCGUUUUCUUCCAACCGUCAAGCAACGACUCGGGAAUCCCGCCACCUCAAAGCGAUCAGCGGUGGGAUUUACACGACGGAGACCAGUGGAGAAAGCAAAACAACUAUCCGAUCUACGCAAUUCCUGGUCCAGCUGGCGUGACUCUCAUGAACGAGCUUGCAUGGUUCUCGGAUGGAAGGUCCAACCACAGCAGUAGUGACGACAACACAUCAACAGAACCUUCACGUCAAGGAACAAGUCAACGCCUUUUCACAAUGCUUGACACCGAAACCCCCUCUUCUCAACAGCCGGGAUUGUGGAGCUUUGUACUCGCAAUUCUGGGUACAAUUGUUGGCUUGAGCCUCGUCCUUGUGGUACUCUACCGCUUCCUCCAGCGCCGUCGCCGCCAAAUCCUCGUACAGCGAAUUGAGACUGGCCAGGUCGACGUCGAACGCCUGGCCAUGUCCAUCCUUCGUGUUCCUCGUGAGCUCGUCGAUAAAUUGCCCAUUUACACCUACACCGGCGAAGCACCUAUCAUGGUGCCAGUCACUCCUAAGGAAGAGGUUAAAGAGGAAGUGAAAACCAGUGUGACCGAGGUGGAUGGCACACCGUCGUUAUCCAGCAGCCCGUCCAGCAGCCUGUCCAGUAGCCAGUCUAAAAGCCCGCCCAAGGUCACCGGUAUCCGGCAUCCAGAGCCAGCAGUAAUCAAACCGGAAACGAAUCAACCUGCACCCUCGACAAACCAGCACUGGGACUUGCAGACCUCGUGUGCGAUCUGCCUCGAUGAGUUCGUGAUCGGCUCAUCUCAACUCCGCGAGCUGCCGUGUGGCCACGUAUUUGACCCACCCUGUAUCGAUCAGUAUUUGAUUGAGCAGAGUAGUCAGUGCCCUCUCUGUAAGAAGAGCGUUCUGCCGGCGGGAUCCUUUCAAAUACCGGUGACCAACGCCCUAGUCCGGCGAGAGCAUGCAGCGCGGAACCAGGAAUGA